AUGGCUUUUGGACUGGCAGAAAGAAUGAGAGGAGGCCAGAUGAUCUGGUUUUAUAAGAUGGCCAUGACCUGCGCCCUGCUGGCUAUGAUAGCUGCCGAUGGGUCAAGUAAACCAGGCUGGAUAGGUGUUAGGAAGCAAUCCCAGGCUGAUGUCUGGGACUCAAAGCUAUAUCCAGAGUGGAUGGAGGCUGGAAUUCAGGACCCCAACUGCUGGAGAGGAGGCCAGGUGACCCUGGAGGUCAGUAAUGAUGCCCCGACUCUGACUGGUGCCCACGUUUCCUUCUCUGUCAUCUUGCACUUCCCCCCAAGUCAGCGAGUCUUGCCAGAUGGGCAUGUUAUCUGGGCCAGCAAUGGUACUAUCAAUGGGAGCCAGGUAUGGGAUGGGCAACCUGUCUACCCUCAACGUUCUGAUGCUGCCUGUGUCUUCCCUGAUGGACAACCCUGCCCAUCUGAGGCUGGACCUCAUAGGAACUUUGUCUAUGUCUGGAAGACUUGGGGACAAUAUUGGCAAGUUUUGGGAGGCCCAGUGUCCAAACUGAGCAUUGAAACACUUGGGGUAGCUACAGGUCCCCAUAUCAUGGAGGUGACGGUUUAUCAUCAUCGAGGACCUCGGAGCUAUGUGCCCAUUGCCAGAGGCUCGUCUGCCUUCGCCCUCACUGACCAGGUUCCAUUCUCUGUGAGCGUGUCACAGCUUCAGGCCCUGGAUGGGGCAGAGAGACGCUUUUUGAGGAACCAGCCCUUGAUCUUCAACCUGCAGCUCCAUGAUCCCAGCAGCUAUCUGUCCCAGGCUGACUUAUCCUACACUUGGAAUUUUGGAGAUGGGAGUGGGACGCUCAUCUCUCGGGUACCCACUGUCACUCACACUUACCUGGUGCCUGGCCCAGUCAUUGCCCAGGUGGUUUUGGAGGCUGCCAUCCCCCUACCAUCCUGUGGGACUUCUCCUGCCCCAGGCACUGAUCUCCCAAAGGUGCCAACUGCAGUGGCCUCUACUACCACAGCCACAGAGGUGCCCACUGCAGUGGCCUCUACUACCACAGCCACAGAGGUGCCCACUGCAGUGGCCUCUACUACUACAGCCACAGAGGUGCCCACUGCAGUGGCCUCUACUUACACAGCCACAGAGGUGCCCACUGUAGUGGCCCCUGGCACCACUGCUCGGGAAGCACCAGCUACAGAGGUCCCUGGGACCACAGUUAAAGAGGUACCAACUGUAGCGUUUACAGGCACCACAGCUGGGAGAGUGCCAAGUGCAGCACCAUUGGAUAACCCAGACGAGGUGAUUUCAAUUGUAGACGUAAUAGAGAACACAACAGGAGCAGGCCAGACUUCGGAGUCUCUGGAUAUGCCUGAUACAGUUGUGAUAAACCCAGGCACCCGCCCGGCUGUUCCUGCAGAGGGCACCUCAGAGGUGUCCACUGGCCCUUCUCUAAGACCAGAAGCCACCAAUCUCCCUGGAAUAACAGGCGCUUCAGCCCUCCCCUCCACUGGCACAGCUGUCCUAGCACUGGUGAAGCGCCAGACCCCCCUGGACUGCAUCCUGUAUCGAUUUGGCUCCUUUGCUCUCACCCUUGACAUUGUCCAGGGCAUCGAGAGUGCUGAAAUCUUACAGGCUGUGCCCGUCAGUGAGGGAGAUGCAGUGGAGCUCACUGUGUCCUGCCAAGGAGGGCUGCCCGAGGAAGUUUGCACAGAGAUCUCAUCCCCAGGGUGCCAGCUCCCUGCCCAGAAAGUGUGCCAGCCUGUAGUAUCCAGUCCAGACUGUCAGCUAGUGCUACACCAAGUUCUGGAGGGAGGUGCAGGGGUCUAUUGCCUAAAUGUAUCUCUGGCUGAUACCAACAGUAUAGUUCUGGCCAGCACUCAGCUCAUAGUUCCAAGACAGGAGGCAGGUACCCAGAAGGCUCCCCUGCUGGUAGGCAUUAUGCUAGCUAUCGUGGCAAUAGCUCUGGCGACUCUAGUGUACAGGAGGGUGAAACAGGGCUCAGCUCUCCCACAGUCCUGGCUGCCUCAAUGUACCGUUCACUGGCUGAGACUGCCCCCUUCCUUCCAUCCAGGACUUAGUGGAGAAAGUAGUCCCCUCCUCAGCGGGCAACAGGUCUGAGAGCCCAUGGCAUCUCAGGACUACAGUCGAGGAGGAACUCGGAUCCUCUCUUCCCUUCUCUUCCCCAUAGCUGCCCUGCCA